AAAAAACUUUAUCAAAUAAAAAGAUUGGCAAUAUUUUUGCCUCGAAAAAUCAAAGAAGUGAUUAAAAAUAUAAGAAAGUUACCAGAUCCGUGGCUUCACAAGUCAAUUCCACACACCCAAAAUAUGUCUGCACUUUUUAAUUUUCACUCCUUUUUGACGGUUGUGUUGCUCGUCAUCUCUACCUGCACCUUCCUCAAGAUGCAGUUCCCUUCCAUUCUUCAACAGAAAACUGGGUUUCGGGGAUUCUUUUGGAAGGCUGCUAGAAUAGGUGAGCGUUUAAGCCCGUGGGUGGCCAUCGGAUUUUUAUCAAUGGGUGUAUCAAUUCUAUUCUUCUAAAAAGGGGUUUCUUUGUAAAAUUUGAAGCUGUUCUGACUCAAUGUUCAUUACAUUUGAUUGGUUAUUUCAUGUGUUAUCUGUGUACAUUUCAAUUUAAUUAGAUUUGCAAACUAUAAAAAUAACAACAAUUAAUACUCUGAAAUUAAUGAAAAAGACAUUUAGAAGUUACA